GACAGACCACAGACGUCGCUUCAUUUUCGUUACAUUUUGGACGCGGGAGAGAAUUGUUUUUCUAAAUUUGAGUAGGGCUGCUGCAAAAUCAUCAAAAUGGAUCUAUUGGACCUGAAACUGGAGAAUAUGUUGGAGUACGAUCCCGACUUGAAGAGCUUGCAGGGAAACCCCCAAAUGUUGUACUAUCGCCAGCCGACUGCACGUGAAUAUCCGCUGGAUCUGAACAAGGGCUAUGCUGAGUACAUACCACGAAGGGGGAACUUUCUGCGCGCCUUCGGUGUGUUGCAGCACCAUGUGAUGCAUUUGCGGGAGCCGCGCCAGCUGCUCGACCAGACGCACUUCUUCCUCAAUCGCGGCACAAUGAUCAAGUUCAUGGGCGAUCGCACUUUUUGCGAAUUCAACUUCGCAGCCAGCCGCUUCAAGGGCUGCAUCUAUGUGCGCUGCCUAAGUGAAGACGUCGAUAAGCGAAACUUCAGGCCAAAGAAGACUAGAACCCAUCCCUACAAGGCACGCCAGUACGUGUUCACAAGUUCUCCUGGUGAGCCGCCAAACCCCGAUGCUCCAGUGGAUGAGCGCAAGCAGGUGUAUGGAGUGUUCUCGGCCCAAUUGGGAGACUUUCGACUGCUUUACUCCGCUGAAGUUAGUGGUGUGUGGAACAAGGAGCCACUUGGCGAUCUCAACGAUCCAGUGGUGCUAAAGAGAUGCCGCCGUGCAACGGUCCGGAUUGAGUACGCAAAUCAGACCGAGCCUAGGCCAUUGUGGUUGAUGCAGUCCUAUUUGGGGGGCAUCGGUCAGAUAGCCAUUGCAAAACCAAAUAAGAGCGGCCUUGUCUGCGGCCCAAUCAAAGUUGUGUCUUGUGCCGAAAAGCUGGGGAAGUGCAAAUUCAACAUACAGGAUGGCCUCAAACAAAUGCACGAGAUUCUGGCGCAGAUCAGCAGCAGGCUGGCCAACGAGGACAAUCCGGAAAUGGAACUAAAAUUUAAAAUUGUUUGUGGCUCAAUUCUAUUUGAAGACCACCUUCAGUCGGUGGACCCUCCAGGCAAUUUUGAUCAGAAGUUUAUCGAUUUUACCAAUCAGUUGUACAUCCCCAAGUAGGCGAUCCAUUCCGCGCGAGUGAUGUGCAUUUUUGUGUUUGUUUUUGUUGGAACAGUUCUAAGUUU